CUGGAGAACAGCCCCAGCGGUGUAGGUGUACAUGUAAGUCCUUUGAGCGCUGAGACAAGGCGCUGAACGCCGUCCACUCUCCGUCGCACAGCCAAUUUGGCCAGAGGGUCACAGGGUCAAGCCGCCGCUCAACAAUAAUCCCCUCCGGACUGAUGGCCCACGCCGUGUGAUGAGCGGAGGCACAAGUCGCUGACCGCCCAAAUAAGCAAUUUUAGCUAUGUCUUGGGUCUUGCAUCUCUAGGCGGCCAUGUCAACUCAGACCCAGAGGGCCAGACUUACACGGCAGGGCCCCAUUGCGGGGUUGUUGCAUGUGUUCAUCCCUCCAUGAGGCGAUCCAGAGCAACACUACGUUGUAUACACAUGAUGAUCCCACACAGCCGCCUGUGGUUAUGGAUCCAGACGAUGUGUUGGCUAGACCUUGCAGUGUGUGUAUAUCCGAACAGCAACCACAGCCAGCAUAUUGCACCACAAACAUGCGUGUGCAUGUCCGUUUCAGGACGACCUUUUGUUGUAAGCGUCCGCGUCUCGGCCGAAGGCGCAGUCUCCCUCCGCCGCCUUCCUCGCAGAAAUCGAUUUUCAAACGGCCCACAGCGCAUAUUCCAGUGUGGAUGAAACGACCAUGUCCAAAAAGCGCGACUUGUUCGAAGCCUAAACUACCCAAUUCGGGUGCUGUGGCGACUCAGGACACCAACAACCUCGGCCGGGCUUCACCGUCUGACCGAAAUGAGUGCCGGCGCACAUACAAAUCGCCUCCGGGACACGGCGGGCUCGAGGGCCCCGCCCGGAUGAGGCGCCUUGGUUUCUGAGGCGAAGUAAAUAUGAGACCAUCGUAAGAGGGCCGAAUAUAUUUGAGUGUUUGGGAGUUUGGUACACUUACUACGUAGUGGCCACCGCCGUUAAUUGUCAAUUCGCCUGUUGAGCAGGGGAUUUCG